GGAGCUGGACUCAUGAAGAUCAUUUUGGGCGGGGCAAGACCAGGUUCCCAGAGGCUCAGAAGCCAGCUACACGUAAAUAAGCUGGGCGGGGCCGGGAGCACCAGAGCCGGUGGGACACUCCGACACUCCGAGGUUCCGCCUAGUCUCUUGGCCUCCCUCCGAGUGAGGCGGACGGGACUCCUGGUGUCACAGUUGGGGCUCAACGUUGUGGACUGAGGCUGCCCAGUGUACUGCGGUACCAUGGAGGCAGGGUCCGAUUCCUCUGAGGCCCCUUCGGUCUGCCGCUUCUUCCUAGAGGGCCGCUGUCGCUUCGGCGCACGCUGCCGUCAGCCACACCCCGGGGCCCCAGCGCCAACCCCUGAGGUCGAGCAGCCGGAGUCUGGGUCCAAAAAGCCGGCACUGCGCACUGCCGCUGACGUCAUCCAGCGCAUCCGCUGGGAUCCGCGCCUGGACCCUGCCGAAUUUUCGGUGGGCUACACUGAUCGCUUCCUGGGCGUACAGGAAGAGCCCUUCUGCGCCUUCUGCUGGGACGAGCCUCUGGCAGCGCUCGGGCCCGGCGUAUUGGCGGUGCCACAGCACCGCAUCCGCUACUUCCGCUUCCGCGGCCGCCUGGUGUGGGACCGUGCCUCGCGUACUGACCUCAUUUUUGGCUCGGGCUCUGUGGCUGGACGGGGACCCACCAUCCUAGACGCACUGGACGACGGGAACGAGUACUGGCCAGAGGUUGCACCAGAAAUCCCUGACACAGAGAAGACAGGUGCGGCUUCCAAGGGUCAGGACACUCAGGAUGACCCUAAGGAAGGGAGUGGAAACCCGGCAAGAACUAGGCUUGAUUCGGGCCUGGAGACACCCGAAGACGGUGGGGCAACUAAGAAAAAUAAAACUGGGCUUGAUUCGGGGCUGGAGAUACCCAAAGAGGGUGGAGCAACCAGAGAGACUGUCCUGAAUAGGACCACAGAGGCAGGAACACCAGAGGCAAGCGGGUGCUUCACAGAAGUAAAGGAGAUCUUGAACCCACUAGAGACACCUGGAGCCACUCUACUUCCACAGUGGGAGGCACAGGCCAUGGAAGCUCCAAAGCUUUCUGCUGAAGAGAUGGGAAGUGAGUGGACUCCAGGGACUUGGCCUGAUGAAAGAAGGUUUCCUCGCCAGCCCCGGCCCACACAUUUUGUGGCACUGAUGGCGACAGAGCCUGGGCUUAGGACGGAAGUGGUCAAGGCCCAAGAGCAUUUGGUGCGGAUUGCUCCUCCUUGUGCUGCUUUCCUGGUACCUGUACAGGCCCUGCACCUCACAGUGGCCUUGCUGAGGCUGACAGGCCCUGGGGAGGAGGCUGCAGCUACUGGGGCUCUACGGAGGGCCCUCCUGAAACCAGGGCUUCAGGUACCCUCCCAGCUACAGUUCAAGGACUUGACUCUUCUGGGUCAUCACGUGCUCUGUGCCAUACCCUCCCCCACACUGGCAGGCAUGGCCCAAACUCUGAAUCAGAGGUUGGAGGCUGAAGGGCUGAGAGUGGUGCAGCCCCCAGGGGGUCUACAGCCACACCUCACCCUGGCCAAGGUGCCACAGGGAUCCCAGGUUUGCAUUCCUGAGCCUGAGUUCAGUUUGAACCAGGAGCUAGGAAGACAGCCCCUAGGGAAACUCAGGCUAUGCCGUAUGGGCAGAGCAGGACAUAGCUACGUGUCCCUGGCUGAGAUUUCCCUCAAGUGACCAACGUUCCAAACUUCGUAGAAGAAACAAGCCAAAUAGAAACAAUUUCUC